AAUAGUCUACAGGCACUAUCUCUGGCUAUUAUUCGACUUGAACGUAAGCAAAAGGAGAGAUUACCAGUUGAAUAACGGAAGGUAUAAAGACGAGUGCAAUUCACCCAAGUUUCCAACAGAAUCGUCGUUUUUGUAAGUUUUGAAUCGGUUAAAAGUGAUUCUGUUACAUCAUGAAGGUUUUGUUUCUCGUUUUCGCCAUUCUGGCCACUCUGGCCAAUGCUACCAAAGUCGAUUACACUGGACACAAGGUGAUUCGUGUCGUUCCGCAAACCGACGAGCAAUUGCGCUUCCUGUUGAAGUUGCAAGAAGGAACUUACGAUUUCUGGGGAGAACCGUCGAGACUGGGAGAACCCGUUGAUAUUCGUGUCAGCCCUCAAAGGUACCAAUACCUGAUAAACACUUUGAACAGUGCGUCCCUCACCCACACCAUUCGAUUCUCCGAUAUCGGCAAACACAUCGAAGAUGAAGAGCGUUCCAUCAUUCUUCGCAGGGCUAUGCACUCCGGUCGGGCAUUCGAUUUUGAAAACUACCACACUUAUUCAGAGAUUGAGGCCUUUGUAAAUGAGCUGGCAACAACUAGCCCUUUGGUGUCUUCCUCGGUUAUUGGCACCACCUAUGAAGGCCGUGGUAUUAUUAUGGCAACACUCAGCACUGGAAGUAGCGCUACUAAACCGGUCAUGUACUUUGAAUGUGCCAUGCACGCCCGAGAAUGGGUUACACCUGCCACUUGUCUCUUCAUGAUGAAUGAGAUUGUUACGAAAUACGGUACCGAUGCCGAGAUCACUGCACUGCUGGACUACGCCGACUGGCUCAUCACUCCCGUUUCCAAUCCCGAUGGUUACGAGUACACCUGGACCACGGAUCGUCUGUGGCGCAAAAAUCGAACUCCGAACUCGGAAGUCUGCAUUGGCACUGAUCCCAACCGUAACUUUGAUGCCGGAUUCGGUGGACCCGGAGCAUCUGACAACGGCUGCUCUAACACGUACCGCGGCCCGUCCGCCUUCUCGUCAGAAGAGGCCUCCGCCUUCCGCGACGUUUUGGCCGCUAACAGAGGACGUGUUGUAGCUGCCAUUACGAUCCACUCGUACUACCAGUUUUGGAUGUGUCCUUACGGUUAUCAGAAUGCCCUGCCCACCGAUUACGCCGAAAUGUUCCGCGUGAUGGAAAUCUCUGUCAACGCACUGACGGCAACUUAUGGCACUGUUUUCCAGUACGGAACUAUCGCCGACACCAUUUAUAUCGCAUCCGGUAGUUCCACUGAUUAUGCUUACAUGGGCGAAGGGGUCGUUUACGCUUACGCUCUAGAGCUCCGCGACACUGGCGUCUAUGGCUGGGAGCUGCCUCCGGAUCAGAUUCUGCCUACGGCCACCGAGACAUUCAACGGACUUAAAGCCAUGGCUCAAGAGAUCGCUGCCAAAUUACAGUAGAUGCGAUCGAGAUGGAAGAAAUAGGAAAUAUGUGUAAUGGCAAUUUAGAUUGAUCGUAAUUCGUAAUACAUUUCGAGCGAUUGCAGAAUAAAAUGUAGUGUAGCUC